AUGAAAGUUAAUUGUUUAUGUUGUCAAUUAUUAUUUAUAUUUAUUCAGUUAAUUAAUGUGAAUGGAGAAUUAACAAGAGAAGAAUUAAUUGAUUAUUUACGUUAUAAACAACAAACAAGAUCAACUUUUGAUGGCCGUAUUGAUCCACAAGUUAAACCUAUAGGAUAUAUUGAUGGAAAACCUAUAUGGCCUAGAUCAAUAGAAGAUACCAAGUCUUUAAAUAGACUUUUUUUUGAUGAUAGCAAUACAGCAAUACUAACAAAUGAAAGAAAUGUUGUUGAUGUUGUUCAUAGAAUGGAUCGUGAGGACAACUAUCGAAGAGUUCUUCAAUUUUUAAACAAAUUUGAAAAAUAA